UCAGAGACAGGCAGGAGCAGGGAGCCAAGCUGCAGAGAUGGAGCUGUACGAAGUGCCCGCCGGCUCGCUGGAUACCUGGAUCAUGGAGAACCUCCAGCCCAGCGAGGAGUUCCGGCUGCAGGUGAAGGACACCGUCCGGCGGCUCUGUGAUUUCCUGAAGGAGACGUGCUUCGAGGACAUCAAGCUGCUCAAGACGGUGAAGGGCGGCUCGGCAGGCAAGGGGACGGCCCUGAAGAACAAGUCGGACGCGGAUCUGGUCCUGUUCCUCAGCUGCUUCUCCAGCUACAAGGAUCAGGCGGAUAAGCGCGCGGCUGUGCUGAGCACCAUCGAGCAGAAACUGAACCGGUGCCGGCAGAGCAUCGCCUACAGCGUGGGCGUGGAGCUCUCGACACCGAAGAGGAAGGGCGUCUGCCCGCGCUCGCUCUCCAUCACCAUCCAGUCGAAGAAGCGGCAGGAAUCCAUUGAGGUGGACAUGCUCCCGGCCUAUGAUGCCUUAGGGUAUGUGACUCGAGGCACCAAGCCCUCUCCCCAGAUCUACGAGGCGCUGAUCCGGACCGGCGCCGGGCCCGGGGAGUUCUGCACCUCCUUCACUGAGCUGCAGAGGUACUUCGUGAAGCGGCGCCCGGCCAAACUCAAGAACUUGCUGCGGCUGGAGGAGCCCCCCCUACCCACUGUCUCUCACUGCCUGUCAGAUGCAGAGCUUUCCCAGAGGGUGUCGGGUUUGCCAGCCAAAUACGCCCUGGAGCUGCUGACCAUCUACGCCUGGGAGAGCGGCACUCGGGAGGCAGAGAACUUCAGCACCGCUGAGGGGUUCCGGACGGUGAUGGAGCUGCUGGUCCGGUACCGCGAGCUCUGCGUCUACUGGACUGAAUUCUACGACCUCACGUCCCCCGUGAUAGGGCCCCAUGUCAAACAGCUGCUGCAGGCGCCACGCCUGCCCCUGCAGCUGAGCCCCUUCACUACCUUCUGGGAGGCUGAGGAGGAGCUCGAGCGAGCCUGGAGCAUCUCUCCCUACAUGCAGCGCCUGGCCCUGGGGGAGCCCCGCCUGGCCAACCAGCCGCUGCCUGACGACACCACGCUGGCAUCCCACGGCAUCUUCGACAGCACCGUGCUGCUGCUGCUGGUAACCGAGCCCCAGGAGAUGCAGAUCUUCGUCAAGGCCCACAACGGCAGAACCUCCGUCUAUGACGUCCGCACCAAUGACACCGUGCUGAGCUUGAAGACGCGGGUGGAGAAUCAGACGGGGGUCCACGCCAGCCAGCAGCGCCUGACGUACGACACCAAAGAGCUGCAGGACGACCACACGCUCGCCCAUUACAGGAUCCGGAGCCAGAGCACAAUCUUCCUGCUUUUGCGCCUUAGAGGGGGGUAGGGCGCUCCCUGGCCCCCCGGAACUGCAUCUCCUCUGGCAGGCGUCUGCUGGGUUCCAGGAGGGAGAGCAGCACAGAGGAGACCGCAGCUGGCAGGUCUCUGUUUCCCAAGAACUAUUGUGUGAAAUCUAAUGCCCCUGCUUCCAGA